GAAAAUUUGUUCGUUUUGUUUCUGCGCUAGCAAACCCUAAUAAUCUGCUUCUUGUUCUUGAUCUGAUUCACGAAGACUGUUUGGGGCUUGUUCUUGAUCUGAUUCACGAAGACUGUUUGGGGCUUGUUCUUGAUCUGAUUCACAAAGACCGUUUUGGGCAUGUCCUUGAUCUGAUUCACAAAGACUGUUUAGGGCUUGUCCUUGAUCUGAUUCACAAAGACUGUUUAGGGCUUGUCCUUGAUCUGAUUAACGUAGACUGUUUAGGGCUUGUCCUUGAUCUGAUUCACGAAGACUGUUUAGGGCUUGUCCUUGAUCUGAUUCACAAAGACUGUUUAGGGCUUGUUCUUGAUCUGGUACGCCAUGGCGGUGUACUAUAGGUACAACAGUGAAAGACUUUUCGAUUCUAUUGCCAUAAAUGUGCCAUUCAUCUCAGUGGGUAAUUUUAAAGAAAGAAUUUUUGAAUCCAAGCGCUUUGGUAGGGGUAAAGAUUUCGAUCUUGUGGUCACGAAUGCCAACUCUAACGAAGAGUAUCUUGAUGAAGCAAUGCUGAUUCCUAAAAAUAGCUCAGUUUUAAUUCGUCGAGUUCCUGGAUGGCCACGCAUGCCCAUUGUUGCCGACCAAGUGCUGAUGGUGGAAAAUAAGAAGGUCAAUUCUGAACCAGAAAAGAGUAGCUUUUCAGCUACUGAUGCUUCUGCCAUGAAAUAUCCUGAAUACUCGGAGUGGGAUGACUUUGGGGAUGAUGUGUAUGCAAUUCCUGAAGUUCCACCUGUUCAGUCAAGCAAUCCAACUGCGGGAACUCCCCCUACUAAUAUAGCUGAUGAGGAAAGCAAGAUUAAAGCUAAUCUUGUAUUCAAUUGCAGUCAAGGUCCUGAUGGUUUUGGCCUUAGCAGAGGAUUUGGAAGGGGUAUAGGUGGUCGAGCAGGAUUUGAGUGGAAAACACCGCCACAGGGCUAUGUUUGUCACAGGUGCAAGGUGCCUGGGCACUUUAUUCAGCACUGCCCUACAAAUGGUGAUCCAAAGUUUGACAUUAAAAGGGUGAAGCCACCAACUGGUAUACCAAAGUCCAUGCUAAUGGCUACUCCAGAUGGCUCAUACGUGUUGUCAAGUGGUGCAGUAGCUGUUUUGAAUCCAAACGAGGCUGCUUUUGAGAAAGAAAUGGAAGGGUUACAAUCCACAUGUUCUGUUGGUGAGCUACCACCUGAGCUCCACUGCCGGUUGUGCAAGGAAGUAAUGAAAGAUGCUGUACUGACGAGCAAGUGUUGUUUUGAGAGCUUCUGUGAUAAAUGUAUCAGGAACCACAUAAUCUCAAAGACAAUGUGUGUAUGUGGGAAAAAAAAUAUUCUUGCUGAUGAUCUUCUGCCAAAUAAAACGCUCAGGCAUACAAUCAACCGUAUAUUGGAUGGUGGUACCAGUAGUUCUGAAAAUGCUGGAAGUGCUUUUCCAGUUCGAGAUAUGGAAUCUGCUCAUUGUCUGCUGCCCAAAGUUCCUUCCCCAACUUUAUCUGUUGCAUCAAAGGGUGAACAAAAGCCAUCACCUGUUAAUGAAGAAAAAACCCCGAAGAUACAGGAAACUAGAGAUGAGGGACAGGCUACUAUUUCCCCUCUGCGUACUGCAAAGAGGAGGAGGACUGAAAAAGCAGCUGACAUUUCUGAAUUUACGCAUGAAUCAGUGAGUGUGAGGGAACCAACAACAUCACUGGGGAGUGUUCCCUUGGCCAAGGAAGAAGUGCACCAGAAGGUGGCUACAAGUGAGGCUGAUUUGCAGUGGAAAACCUCUCAAGACCUUGCAGCUGAGAACAACAAUUUGAUGCCUUCUGGUUCCUCUGCCUUUAAUCCGUACUGGACUGGCAUGCAACCUGGUAUGGAUGGGUGUCUGGCACCAUAUCCUGGUGCUAUGCCCUACAUGGCUUAUGGAAUGCAUCCUUAUGACAUGCCUUUUGGCGCACAAGGCUAUAUGUUCCCUCCUAUUCCACCACCUCAAAGGGCGUUUUCCAAAGAUUGGGAGUUUGAUAAGUUAGCGAACCGUGAUGCCGAUGUUGAUUCAAUGAAAUUGAAAUAUGUAUGUCUUUUGUAUUGCCCUAAUGUUGUUCCUUUGCCCUGUUUAUUUUUCUACCAAGGAAGAGAGAUUGUUUUAUUAUUGUUGUUAAGAUUAAAUAAUGGAUAUUUUAGAAGUACUAGUUCAUUCUUCUUUAAUAUAUAUAUUUUUAGUGAUGCUCCAUCUAAUUAUGGAGUUAUCAUGGAAGACGGUGCAACAUCAUUUCAAAUUUUGGUUUCUCUAUCUAUGGCAAUUAAAUGUAUAUCUAAAGUGGAUGAAAGAAAAGUGGGAGAAUAUGCAAGCCAAGUUCAUGGCAGCAUGUUUUUGGUCCUAUUGCCUUCUAAUUCCACUGGCGAAUUCAUUUCAAGCUAUCCUUCGAGGAAUCAACAUCAAUGUCCAAUCAUGUUUUUCAAUUUUGGGAAGACAACAAAUAGUUCAUUUGAAUCCGAUUGAAAAAAAAAAAAAAAAAAAAAAUCAUUUUUGCCUAAUUAUUAGGCAUUAAAAAUUAUCUUACCCACACAAUUCACACCUUCUGGGAUUUUAAGCCCUAAGAUAUGAAGACAUGAUUGGAUAUGGAUAAAAGUGAAAAAUUUCGGAAAGGACAUAAAUUUCUCCCAAACUAGUUCGGAAGAAAUUUCUUCCAACUUACUUCAAUAAGCGACAAGUGUUAUCUCUUACAUAUUUUAGGACAGUUUUCCUCCAAACUAGGUUGGAGAA